CUGCUGGCUGGCCGUUAAAAGCAAAAUUCUGCUCCUGGUAUUUUCAAAAGGUCAUUUUAUUCUGGAUUUGGCUUCCUCUGUGGCUCUGUGUACAAAUGUCAAAGCAUUAAUUGCUGAGUGGAACAUUCAUAGUCACCUCUAUAUAAUCUGUAGGAAUUCUGAACACUGCUGGGUGCCUUUAGUCAUAAAUAUUGGAAAUGUCUACUGCUGAAACAGCUAUUGAUUUAUUCAGUAGGAACUCUGGAAAUCAGACAACUGAUGAACCCGACCUAACGUCCAUCAACACUGCCAUGGAUUUGUCAUCUACCAGCCACUUAUCUAAUGUCUUUGUGUAUUUGUCAAUUUUCUUCACUUUGCUGGCUUUUUUGUUAUUACUGCUGUUAAUUGCAUUGCAGAGGCUUAAGAAUUUCAUUGUUUCCAGUUCCUCAUGUCCUGAAUGUACAAGCAACACAGGGAGUUCUAUCACCAAUCAGGAAGUGUGUAGCCUUUCAUUGAGGACAUCUGGUUUCUCAGCUCUCUCAAGUUAA